UCUCGCACUUGAGGAAUGUGGAUUUGCUGACGGGGCCGCGUUGCACAAACACAACUUGUCCCAAAAGAGGAACCCGGGAUCCACUCAUUAUUAAUAGCGAUGAUCUUUCCUUCUGCACUCGCUCAGUGGGGACGGCAGCGCCGGCGGCAGGACUCUGGGCUCCUCCAGGCAGAUUGGACUCAGUUCUGAUGUUGCUGUUAAUUCUACUCAUCUCAUGGAACGGCCGAGGCGCCUACUCCAGCUGGGAUGUAUUUGUCCCAGAUUCCAUACAAGGAGUGGUGGGUUCCUGCCUGCUAAUACCCUGCUCAUUCACCUACCCCAGCAAUGUUCAGACUCCUGACGGAAUUGCCCCAAUAUGGUACAAGGACAGGGACUUGAAAGUUGUCUACCAUCCUACGGAGACCAUAGAAGCCGGAUUUCAGGGGCGCAUGGAAUUGCUGGGAAACCCCAACCUGAACAACUGUACCACCCUCCUGAGAAACCUACAGAGUAGUGAUACGGGGGAGUAUUUUUUUAGGUUUGAAAUUAGUAAUGUGAAUAGAUGGACAGGCAAGAAAGCCGUCACUGUUACUGUCAAUAGCAGACCAGAAAUGCCCAACGCUGUGAUCCCUCGGUCUAUAAGAGAAGGGGAAUCUGUUACGUUCCAGUGCACGACACAGUACUACUGCCCAAACGGGUCGGGCACACUGGAGUGGCAUGGGUACCACCCAGACAGAUCUUUCUUGGCACGGAGCCUACAGACGGACACAUCUGCCGUUCAGAUGGGACAAAACCUGACCACGAGUUUCACUUGGCUGUAUCACCAGAAGCAGCUUCAGUGCGAGGUGUCAGUCGGGGAUCAGAAGGAAACCAAGGAAGUUCUCCUCGUUGUCAAUCAUGCCCCCAAAGGGGUAAAGAUCCUCAUGGCGCCAUCGAGAGACAACAUUAAGCAGGGGGACUCGGUGGCGCUGACGUGCCAGUACAACAGCUCUUACCCAGCAGUGAGUGGCUACACGUGGUACAGGAACAACAAGGUGUUUUCCAGGGAGCCAAUCGUCUCUUUCCCUAGCAUCACCAGACAGGAUUUUGGGGACUUUCGGUGUGAAGUGCAGAACCCAGAGGGAACUGGGACCUCGGAGGUCAGCCGGCUAAUUGUGUUCUCGGCAAACACCUUGGUGAGUCCAUCGUCGGAGGUGAGAGAGGGCGAGGCAGUGACCCUGACGUGUGACGUUCCCGGUGCUGACCCAGAUCAGAUCCACUACAGUUGGUAUAAGAACAGUCUCUGGAUUAAGGAUGGAGCCACGCGCUCCCUGAUACUCUAUGAGGCUGCAGCCUCCGACGCGGGAUACUACAGCUGCAAAGUACAGAACGACAAGGGCAGCGAUUCUUCUCCACCUGUUAUUUUACAUGUCCUGUAUCCUCCCAGAAUCCCAAAAUUCAACUCAUUUUUGGAAACGCAGGAAGGGAAACUGAGCAUCAUACACUGCUCUGUGGAUAGCAACCCGCCCUCUGUGCUGACUCUCUACAAGAAUGGCCAAGUAUUGGCCACCACCAACUCCCACGGCGCCCCCACCCAGAGGCUCAAUGUCAUCUCGUCACGCAACUCCCUGAAACUGGAGAUCCGUGAAGUGGUCAUGUCGGACGCAGGAGCGUACAGCUGCGUGGCUACAAACGCCAUCGGGAACUCAACGGCGUGUCUUCGGCUCACUGUGGAAAUUGCCCGGUUGGUGAUAUCGCCAUCGUCGGAAAUAGAAGAGGGGAAAGAGGUCACCCUCACCUGUUUUGCAACCCGCAGCUCUGAGAAGGGAAUAAAAUAUACAUGGUACAGGAACGGCAAGUGGCUGAAGGAGACAGAGGAGGACACUGUCACCUUUCCGAGAGUGUCCAGUCGGGACGCGGGUUCUUAUUACUGCCUGGCCCAGAGCAGCCAAGGAAGCAGCAGCUCCCCACCCAGGACCCUGCACGUGUUCUUUGCACCAAGAGAUCUCUCUGUGAGCUCCUUUGUGGGAUCAUCGGGCAGAAAUCUAGGAAUCAUCCUGUGUACGGUGGACAGUGACCCACACUCUGAGCUGUUCCUCUAUAGGAAGGAGACCUUGGUGGCUUCCAGCACAAUGCUACUUCACAAUAGGAGAUACAAUAUUUCAACUUCUCCCAAUUCCUUGAAGCUGGAGAUCCAAGAUGUGUUUCUUGAAGAUGAAGGAGCAUAUCGAUGUAUUGCUAAUAACACUUAUGGUCAUAUGAUGGGUUCCUUAGACUUCACCAUGGAAACGGCAAAGAUUUCCGUCAUUCCAACGUCUGAGGUCCAUGAGGCGGAGGCUGUUAAUUUAACAUGCAUUCUAAACAGUGUUUCAAAAGGGAAUUUCAUAUAUACCUGGUAUAAGAACAGUGUUCUGUACUCUGAAGGGCCCGAGCCUUUCCUAAUGUUUCAAAGGGUCAGCAGUUCAGAUUCAGGAUCCUACUACUGUCGAGCCUGGAAUAAUGCAACCAGCAAGAGCUCAUCCUCCUGCAGACUCCAUGUUUUUUAUGAACCAAGGAGCAUGCAGCUCAAAUCCUACCUGGACACAGAGGUAGGCAAAUCAGCCUUCAUCCUCUGCACCGUGGAUAGUUACCCCCCAGCGCAGAUGUUGCUCUAUUACCAAGAUGAACUGGUGAUUUCCAAGAAGAACCUGAGUAAUGUCAAUCAGCGCUACAGAGUGUCCUUCUCCAGCAACGCCCUACGGGUGGAUAUCCAAGAUGUCAAGCUGGAAGAUGAGGGGAAAUACACCUGCACCUCUGUUAAUUCUGUUGGAUCAACAAACAAGACCAUUUAUUUUAAAGUGCAGUUGGCUCGGAUUCUAGUUACACCAUCUCCAGAGGUUAAGGAGAAUGAGAAGGUGGUGCUCACCUGUGACCUGACCAAGACCCAACUGGAAGGAACAAUGUACAUUUGGUAUAAGAACAGUCAGAGGCUCCGGGAAUCAUCUGAAAACACCUUGGUGUUUGAUGCAGUAAAGAGCAAUGAUUCGGGCUAUUACCACUGCAAAGCUCACAGCUCCCAGGACAGUACCAUUUCUCCCUCUGUGUCUCUCCACGUGUCUUAUGCCCCCAGGGUUCCAAACAUGACCUCAUUCUGGGAAUCUCACAGUGGCCAGGUUGGCAUCAUCGAAUGCAACGUGGAUAGUGACCCUCUGUCCAGCUUAUCCCUUUACAGGGGAAAGCUGUUGGUUGGUUUAACAGCUUCUUCUCAAACGCUCAACCAGAGAAUGACCGUAUCUUCUUCUCAGAACUCCCUGAAACUCGUGAUUAGGGAUGUUGUGUUGGAGGAUGAAGGGGAGUAUGUCUGCACAGCCAGUAAUUCCAUUGGCCAUUCUACAUCUGCCAUAAAUUUCACAGCACAAACAUCUCGAAUCCUGAUCAGUCCAUCGUCCCAAGUACAGGAAGGCAUGACUGUGAAUCUGACAUGUCUGGUCGCCAGCAAUGCUCCCGGGGAGGUCGAAUACAGUUGGUUCCAAAAUGGAAAGGAGCACCCAAGGGGUAGUAGCAAGACUCUUCUCUUUGGCAGGGUCUCCAGUGAGGAUGGAGGGUUGUACUACUGCACAGUACGGAGUGACAAAGUAACAAAAGCCUCACCAACAAUCAAUUUGAACGUUACAUAUGCCCCAAGAAAUGCCUACAUCAAAUCAUUUGUGGAGACCCAAAAUGGAGAAGUGGCCAUUAUUCAGUGUGGGGUUGACAGUAAUCCUCCAUCCCAAUUGCUUUUAUUGAAAGAGCACCAGGUGGUGGCUUCCUUGGGUGACAGCGGCCUCCACCAUCAAAGGUUUAACCCUUACUUUUCCCCAAACACAUUGCGAUUGGAGAUCAAAGACCUUAUGCCAACUGAUGAAGGAACCUACAUCUUUACAGCAAAGAAUGUCCACGGCACAAAAUCGGUGUCCUCUCAUCUGGCUGUAGAAGUGGCUCGUAUUUUGGUCAACCCAUCCCCAAAGCUGAACGAGGGUCAGUCGGCCACCUUGACCUGUAAUGUCCUGAGUACGCCUCAACCGGUGACCAGUUAUACCUGGUAUAAGAACGGCAGAUGGUUCCAAGAAGGUUUUCCAGGGUCUCUUGCAUUUGAAAAAGUGCUCAGUGCCGAUGCAGGUACCUACGCCUGUACUGGCCACACCGCCAAUGGCACGUGGCCCUCCUUACCUAUCACGCUAUACGUGCAGUACCCCCCGCGGAACCUGUCCCUCUCGUCCUUUUUGGAAGCGCAGGGCAAGCGCCAGGGGGUAAUAUCCUGCAGGGUGGAAAGUGACCCUCCCUCCCAGCUGGUUUUAUACAAGGGGGGUCAAGUGGCCGCUUCCUUCGUCCCCCAAAGCACAAACAAACGUGUGAGAUUGUCCUCAUCCCAUAAUGCCCUGCGGCUGGAGAUGGAGGAGGUGGCCCCAGAAGACCAGGGAGAGUAUACCUGCCAGGCAACUAACUCCUUGGGGGCCGCACAGACCUCCGUUCACUUCUCGCUGCAAGAAGCCAAAGUGGUGGUGACGCCGUCGGCCAAGCUGCAGGAAGGUGGAUCGGCCACUCUCACUUGUCAGACUGUCAGCACAGUGGCCCAGAAUGCCAGCUUUACCUGGUAUAAAAAUAACCAAUGGCUGAAGGACGGUGCCGAGGCAUCUCUGCUGCUGCUGAAAGUAUCCGAUGCCGACGCUGGGUCGUACCAUUGCCUUGCCAAGUACGGGGGCCAGGAAAGUAUCUCCCCGCUGGUUGCAGUCACUGUACUCUAUGCUCCCAAGAACCUGCUGGUUACAUCAUUCCUGGAACCUCAUGGGAAGGAUCAGGGGAUUAUUCUGUGCAAGUUGGAUAGUGUCCCCCCCUCUGUUAUCACUCUGCAUAGAGAGGGCACCGUCCUGGCCAGCACCAUGCCGGCCCAGCCUGAUCAAGGUCAGAAAUUCUGGUCAUUUUCCUCUCACAACUACUUGAGAUUGGAAAUAAGAGAUGUCACCGCUGAGGAUUCUGGGAGAUACGUCUGCACUGCCAACAAUACAAUAGGAAGUACUACAAGUUCUGUUUUAUUUACCAUAAAUGAUAAGGAGGUUCUUGUGUAUAAAGUCACUGUUGGCGUUACGCUCCUAUGUGUUGUCCUCCUAUUGGCCGCCAUCAUUGUCAUGUGGCAGAGGAAAAGAAUCCGAUACACAAUGCAAACAGACAAGAACUCUAUAGAGAUGGAUAACAAUGGAACAACAAAGGAGGAGCUGUUAUCCUGAUGCCCCAGCUUUGGGCUGCACUGGAGAUGUUUGGACAGUCAGGGUACGUGUGAAUGCCUUUCCUGCUCACUGGAGUCAUAACAACAGCCAAUAGCAAUAGCCAAUAGCACAAUGGGGUUGUUACUCCUGUACAAACAAAAGAACUUCUCACACAACUGGAAAUAUCCACCGAGGAGCAAGGAACCACCUGAGAAAGACUGGAAAGUUCUGAUAUUCUUCUUGGUAACCCCUCUGGCUCCUAAUAAAGAACUUCCUCGGCCCUGAGACAGGGAAACCUACAGACUGAACCUACUCACAGGCUUUUGCUGCUCCGCCUGAAGAACCUGCACAUUAUUGCAGUCCAGCUAUUGACUUUCUACCAUCCGGAACCUCUUUGGGAGUGAGCCAAUGUGGCCGGUCUAAUCUAUAACCUUCCUACAUUGUCUCCUCCAUAAAAAUGAUCUGUCCCAGAUUCCUAGUGGGCAAAAACUGCUCUAGGAACCUCCACACCCUAAAUAAACUGUUCUCUGUAUCAGCCCA